AUGGCGAACCCAUUGAUCACCGGCGUUGUGUCUGCCGUGGGCUUUGCGUAUGGACUUUUUACCCUGGUGCUGUAUGGCGCGCUUGCUGUGAGGCAUGGGUACUUUUUUAGGAAGUCGACUGAAAAGGAGACCCUGGAGCUGCAGCUUGCCCGUAAUCGCUUCUGGGAUCUUUCGCGAGAAUGGUGCGGUCUUUCCCAUCGCUUCUUGACUUUGCGCAACGGAUUUAAAUUCCACUACCUCUGCAACGAUGCGACUGCCUCCGAUGCGAAAAAGCCUCUCGUGAUCUUCAUCCAUGGCUUUCCGGAUAGCUGGGCGAUAUGGCGCUACAUAGUUAGCUCAAAGUCCCUUCAGAGUACAGCCACGGUGGUUGCUGUGGAUCUUCCUGGCUACGGAGGUACUGAUAGUUUGAAGAAAUACUCGGCGACCAGUGUGUUGGAGAAUUUGACGGAAUUUAUCGUUUCCGUGAGGGCAAGAUAUGGGAUCGAUGAUGAGGCUGGUGAAAGACCCAAGACGGUCAUUGUUGCGCAUGAUUGGGGAUGUGUUCUGUCUAUGCGACUCGCGGCUGAAGCACCUGAGCUUGCGGAUAGGUUCAUCUUGAGCAAUGGUCCAUUGGUUCCCCUGGUUGCUUCCAAUGUUCGUCGCCUUGUGUCCUCUUCAGUCAAGAUGUUCAAAACCUCCGUGUUCUCUCCGGUCCGUUCGCGCUCGACAUUGCUAAAGGCUUUCAAUACUCUGAAGCCCGUCUUCCGUCAAUUGAACCUCUCGGGCUAUAUUUUUGCGAUGAAGCUACCCAUGGUGUUUGUUCGAUACUUUGGUGUUGGAGGCAACUAUUCCUUCUUGAAAAUGGUUCACAGACGGUCCUAUGGAGACAAUAAAUUUACGGACCUUGAUGCCGCGGAAUGCUUGGCUAGCACAUUGGGCCCAUCUGUAGAGGAGUGCAAGACGAAAACUGCCGAUGGUGAGGAGUACCCAGCGUCAUUGAAGAAUGAGCGUGUUCACGCCAACUACGAGCACAUGGCAAGCUACUACCGGGACGGCACAUCUGUUGCUCGCUGGAACAAGUCCGUUGAGACCAUUGCCGCUCUCCACAGUAUUGCCCAAGGAAAGGAGAUUCGACGAACCAGCAGCGGAGCGGGUGUCUUUGAUGACGGACCGAAAGGUGUUCUCAAAGCUUACUCGACCAUCAUCUGGGGCAAGAAAGAUAUUGCGCUCGAGCAACAGUUGUGUCUGGAUGGAAUCUCUGAUUACCUUGUUCAGAAGAGCCAGGUUGUUGUGCUUCCUAGAGCUCGUCAUUUCACCCCGUUGGAGGAGGAGAGUCGCAUGGCUUUGGAGAAGGCUGCGGAGUGGGCUGCUAAGGGUGAAAAGGAAGACAUUGGCGCUGUCAUCGAGGCAAGCUACCCUGGCGCUGUGGUGACAUUUCGAAAGUGA